AUGGGGGUGGUGGCCCCCAACAUCCCCUCCCGGGGCAAGCCUCGGCUCCGGGCCGCGCUGCUCCCUCAGCCCUGCCUCUCUCCCCAGUGCCCCCCCAACCUGCACAAGCUGGACGGCUACUACUGUGACCACGAGCAGGGCCGCUGCUACGGAGGUCGCUGCAAAACCCGGGACCGGCAGUGCCAGGCCCUGUGGGGCCACGGGGCUGCCGACCGCUUCUGCUAUGAGAAGCUGAAUGUGGAGGGCACGGAGCGGGGGAACUGUGGGCGCAAGGGGCCGGGCUGGGUCCAGUGCAACAAACAGGACGUGCUGUGUGGCUUCCUUCUCUGCGUUAACAUCUCUGGAGCGCCUCGACUGGGAGACCUGGGGGGAGACAUCAGCAGCGUCACUUUCUACCAUCAGGGCAGGGAGCUGCACUGCAGGGGAGGCCACGUGCAGCUGGCCGACGGCUCCGACCUGAGCUACGUGGAGGAUGGCACGGCCUGCGGCCCCGACAUGCUGUGCCUGGACCACCGCUGCCUGCCCGCCUCGGCCUUCAACUUCAGCACCUGCCCUGGCAGCGGGGAGCGCCGGAUCUGCUCCCACCACGGGGUCUGCAGCAACGAAGGGAAAUGCAUCUGCCAGCCAGACUGGACGGGCAAAGACUGCAGCAUCCACAACCCGCUGCCCACACCCCCUCCCACGGGGGAGACGGAGCGAUACAAGGGUCCCAGCGGCACCAACAUCAUCAUUGGCUCCAUUGCCGGGGCUGUCCUGGUUGCAGCCAUCGUCCUGGGUGGCACAGGCUGGGGAUUUAAAAACAUCCGCCGAGGAAGGUAUGACCCGACCCAGCAGGGGGCAGUGUGAUGCCGGCCACGCCAUCCCUCCCGCUGUCCUUGUCUCCAUCUCAUCUGUCACCCGCGUUCUGUUGCGAGCAGGCUGCUUCCCCACCCCUGCUGCCAGCCUGUCCCGGCAGGGAUGGGAGAGCCUCGCUCUGGAAAGACGGCCUUGGCCCCCUCGAGCCUCC